AUGUCUGAUACCAUAGCAACAAAAGAAGAAGCGUCUAAAAUCUUUGAUAGAUUGAAGAAAGAUCCAGCCAACCAAGUGUGUUUUGAUUGUUCAAACAAGAACCCAACCUGGACAUCUAUUCCAUUUGGGAUUUUCUUGUGUUUGCAGUGUUCGGCAGUACAUAGAAACUUGGGUGUCCAUAUUUCGUUUGUCAAAUCGUCUAAUUUGGACUCCUGGCAACGUAUUCAAUUGAGAAAUUUCAAGUUUGGCGGAAACCAGCAAGCUAAAGACUUUUUCCUCAAGAAUGGUGGAUCGCAAUUUGUUAAUAACAAGAACGGAGUCGAUGCAACAGCCAAAUACACGUCACCUUGUGCCAACAAGUACAAGGAGAAAUUAAAACAAAAGGCCGCACAAGAUGCCGCCAAGCACCCAGAUAUUGUCACAUUGGACGACGUUACUGAUGUUAUGUCAUUGAGCGACUCUCCUAGCGAAUCCACUGAUGAUUUCUUUUCCAACUGGAACAAGCCAGUCAACAACUCCAAUACUGCGUCGCCAUUAUCUUCAAGAGCUGCUACACCAAAUGCUUCUACAGACGACUUGACAAAGAAGAAACCUGUUGUGCGUACCACUACGACUUCAGCUAGAUUGAAGAGCAACAAUACUGCAGUCAAGAAAUCGAUAUUGUCAGGUAAAGGCAACGGACCAAGAACUUCACGUUUGGCAGCUAAAAGAAUUAAUAAGACUGAGGACGAUAUUGAUUUUGAUGAAAUCGAAAAGAAGGCCAAACAAGAAGCUGAAGAAGCAAAGAAGUUGGGGUACAAGCCAACAGAGACGGUUGAGCCAACUGUGAAGAAGCAACCUACUAGCACCUCAUUGUCGUUGAAAAAGGAAAAUGAAGAAGUAAAGUUGACACCUGCACCAAUCCAAGAAACAACCCAGCAAUUUCAAAAAUUAGGGUUUGGUAUGACACAGGGUGAUAACAUUGUGGGCAGUUCUACAAAGAAGUACAAGGAAGUCAAGUAUACUGGUGAAGUUUCCAACAAGUAUGGAACACAAAAGGGUAUUUCAUCAGACGAGUUUUUCGGUAGGGGACCUAGAUUUGACGAACAAGCAAAGACAGAAGCUAGAACUAAACUACAAGCGUUUAAUGGUGCACAGUCCAUUUCCUCGUCUUCGUAUUUCGGUGAAGAAGAAGGUGGUGCUCGUGGUGGUCGAUCGAAUAGUGGGGCAGGUGGGUUAGGUGACUUGGAAGCAAGUGCAAGAGAAUUUGCGUCCAAGUUUUCUGGAAAUGCCAACCAAGACUUGGAGGUGUUGAAAGAUGCUUUAGAGGAUGGUGCCACCAAGUUAGGUUCAUACUUGAGAGAUUUCUUAAGAUAA